GGGACGGGAUGACAGUUCGUCGGGUAUCUAACCAGUCAGCAGAGGGAGAGCUUCCUGCUUAUACUUUUGUUAUUUGGAUUGCUGGCCUGUUCCUGCUGUGCUGUCGAUUUCAGUGCCAUCAUGACUUCCAGCAUAGACGAAAGCAACAAGGAAAAGAUGCGCUCCGUGUCCGUAGAUCUAAACCAUGAUGCCUCUCUUCUCAUUGACAUUCCUGAUGCACUCUGUGAAAGGGACAAAGUCAAGUUUACUGUCCACACUAAGACAACACUAAGCUCUUUCCAGAAGCCAGAUUUUUCCGUACCACGGCAGCAUGAAGACUUCAUCUGGCUACAUGACACUCUGGUUGAGACUGAGGAUUAUGCUGGCCUAAUUAUCCCUCCAGUACCCCCAAAGCCUGACUUUGAGAGCCCAAGAGAGAAGAUGCACAAACUGGGAGAAGGGGAAGCCACUAUGACAAAGGAGGAGUACACUAAAAUGAAGCAGGAGUUGGAGGCUGAGUACCUGGCUGUGUUCAAGAAAACUGUCCAAGUGCACGAAGUCUUCCUGCAGAGAUUGUCCUCUCACCCCAUUUUAAGCAAAGACCGAAACUUCCAGAUUUUCUUAGAGUAUGACCAGGAUCUAACGGUGAGAAGAAAGAAUGCCAAGGAAAUGUUUGGCGGAUUCUUUAAAAACAUGGUGAAGUCAGCUGAUGAGGUCCUUAUCUCAGGAAUAAAGGAAGUGGAUGAUUUUUUUGAACAAGAGAAGACAUUCCUGCUUGACUACUACAGCAAGAUAAAAGAUUCCACUGCCAAAGCCGAGAAAAUGACCCGCUCGCACAAAAAUAUUGCGGAUGAUUACAUCCACAUCUCUGCCACUCUGAGCAGUCUUUCUGCUGAUGAUACCACAGCAAAUAAAAAGCACAUGGAGAAGUUGGCUGACCUGUUUGAGAAGCUCAGAAAAGUAGAGGGAAGAGUAGCAUCUGACCAGGAGCUGAAACUCACAGAGCUUCUCAGAUAUUACAUGAGAGACAUCCAGGCUGCCAAGGACCUUUUGUACAGGCGAGCUCGGGCGUUAGUGGACUACGAGAACUCCAACAAGGCUUUGGAUAAGGCUCGACUGAAGAGCAAGGAUAUUCCCCAGGCAGAGCAGCACCAGCAGCAGUGCUUGCAGAAGUUUGACAAACUCUCUGAUUCUGGGAAGAAAGAACUCACCAGUUUCAAAGGCAGGCGCGUUGUGGCCUUCAGGAAGAACCUCAUCGAGAUGGCCGAGCUGGAGAUAAAACAUGCCAAGAACAAUGUGGCUCUAUUGCAGGGAUGCAUUGACCUGCUCAAGAGCAUGUGACAAGUAUUCCUCCCAUACCAUCACCAAGUGACCAGUCAUAGCGAAUGGAAUCCUGGCGUCCCCGGGGCCUUGCAUGGAUGCGUAUCCAGGCCCUACCUUUGAUCCCACCCAUGGGGCCGAUGCCACUUUAAAACCCUGCAAGAGACAAAGUGUCUUGUGAGCAGAAUGUCUUCAUGUUUACUGAGUCCCUCCUUUCCCAUUGUUAAUGGAAGUUUAACUCGAUGUGAAUGCAUCCGGAGAAUGAGGAUGCCAACGUUAAGGUAUUCCGCUCAUUUGCUGCGCCAAUUGAGGUGAAUCUUUUUUUUUCUAAUUUUAUGUUUUGUUUUUUUAUUUCUGCACAUAUGCCUUUUUCAUCAUAUUUUGCCUCGAUUAAAUUUGAACUCCAAGCUCUUAUCCUGUGUACACUUUUAAAUAAAGUACCAGGGAAAAUCUUUUUUUGCAUGUCCAUAAGUGUUAUACUUCAAUCUUUUAGGGGCUUUUUUGUUUGGUAAUGGAACAGAUUUAUAGAAGCAAAAUUAGUGCUUGUAAAAAAUAAAACAUCAUCUUGAUCUGGAGAUUAGAGUACUGCCAAAUCAACCAUUAGAAACUCACGACUGACCCAUGAGACAGGACCAAUCAUCCAACAUCAAGUGUUCUAAAAUAGCGGCACUUCAGCGUCUUUGUAAAAAAAAUUCCCUCGAUUAUCAAAUUAUACACCUUUUAGUUUAGGGCUCUGUGAUUUCUGCUAGAGAUGGAUGUGAACAUCAAGUCAUCAGUUGGAUGACUGAGCAUCUAGCAUUUUUAUCAAAGCGAAAUCCACCGUAGUAGUGACUGAAUGUGCUUUUAGCCUUUAUUUGCACACUGCUUAUGUGUUAUUCAUCCACUACAUGCAUCAUGUCCUCAGCAGCUUCGUCACCCCAACCAACUAUGCCCAUUAAUGUUUUGUGAGUAAUUAUUGUUUUUCUUUUUUUUGCUCUAGAUACCCCUUUGGUUAUUGAUACUGACGGUCUAUGUAUCAGGCAUGAUAUAUUUACCACAUCCUCUACACAUUUUGUUUAGGUAAAGAAUUUCUAGAACAAUAAAGAUGCACAAAGUAAAUAAAAUAAAAUGCACUCUACAAUCACGACCAGACUCAGUGGAGUGUUGAAAUGCAUUAUAGUUUUUUAAGAAAUUGAAUGUAUUUCUAAUGGAUUCCAACUGUGUGAAUUCCUUUACCUUGUGUUUUCUUACAGAACAUUAGCAUUUUUUAUGAAUUUGUAAUAUUGAUAUUGAAUAAAUCCUACUUUCCCAUGA